AUGGUGGAAUUCGUUCGAGACUUCGACAUGAAACUAACCGUAGAGGAACUGUACGAAGUCAUAGCCCACAUUCAGGCCCAGCCGCUAAUUAUCGGCAAAAUCAUUGAAGCCCAGGAGGGCGACGAGUUGUUGAAGAAGAUGAGGGGGAGAGUAAGGAAUGAUGGGAAGUCUGAGUGGAGGAUCGGUACCGAUAGAGGGUUGUGGUACCGAAGCCACCUUUGUGUUCCAAAUCUUCAGGGACUACGAGAAGAAGUCCUAAACGUCGCUCACAACUCCAAGUUAGCGAUGCAUCCGGGUAGUACCAAAAUGUAUCAGGAUCUGAAGCGAAAUUAUUGUUGGGAUAAUAUGAAGAAGGAAAUAGCAGACUUGCCUAAGACAAGGAAGGGGCACGACUCGAUAUGGGUGAUUGUGGACAGACUAACCAAAUCAGUCAUUUUUCUGCCAAUCAAGACAUCUAACUCCGUCGAUGAUUUGGCCAAGCUGUAUAUUAAGGAAAUCGUGCGACUCCAUGGCGUCUUGUUGGAAAUUGUGUCAGAUCGGGACACACGAUUCACAUCAAUCUUCUGA